CCCUUCCUUCCACCCAUGUUGUUUGCCCCCUUUGCACGACGUUGGUUCAGAGCCCCCAAAGAUACAUCGCCAUCACCAUUGCAUCUCUCAUAUAAAUUCACCAUCGGAGCCGCCAAUUCGAAUGCCAUCUGUCUUUGCCGCUACCGACAUCACCACGUAUCAUCUCCAUGCCCGGGACAGAGGGCCCGCGCCCAAAUCGUCCUCACACACCUAGGUCUACAAGCAGCCAUAGCGAGCCCACGCAAGAAGCCGCCAUAUCAAAGCGUAGGCAGCCCAAAAGCCGUGCCGGUAUGCUAUGCUCUUUAUUUGGAGGCUGCAGUUCAUUGUCGAUGCAUCGGUUGCCGGGCACGCCAUGACCUGAAUUGUACUAAUGCAUGCGAUGUCAGGCUGCAACACAUGCAGGGCCCGGCGCAUGAAAUGUGAUGGUAAGUCUCAGCCGCGGGGGAGGACGAAAUCGUCCUUUCUGCGGCCACUGCUCUAUAUUUCGAGACUACUUUCUUGUCAGAUCGAUAGGGCCUCUCGUCUCUCACCCAGGAUUUUUUUCCGCGACGCAGGUACAAGUGUAUCGGUGGACCUACUGACGGCUUCCAGAAUCGAAACCGUCCUGUUUGCGAUGCAGAGAUCGAGGUGUCGAAUGUGGUGGGUAUUCCAGGGAACUGAAGUGGAAGUUGGUGGGCGAUCAGCCCAAGGAAGAGAGGCGGUCUGAUAAGAGGCGAUCUCAAGGCCCCGAGGCCUUGUCUGCGGAAGGUGUAUCUCGGCCCUUCUACAAAGAUGCUACGCCCAGUGACCCGACGACAACUUUGCCCAUGCAACCCGACAGGAGCUUGAGGGUGGAAACAACUGGGAUCAAUAGCACACCGCCGAUAUUGCGAGAGGCGCUCUGGCCUUUGUUGCAGCAUGGCCAAUUGUUCGACUUUACGAACGUCGAUUUUGAUAUCGACUUCUUCGUGGGUGACGAAAACGUCGAAUUUCAUGUGCCUACCAACUUGGGUUCCCUCGCCAACACGCCGUCUGGACAGUUAUCGGAACACGUCGCCCACCAUGCGCUCCCCUCAACUACGACGGCAGAUAGCGAUAUGGACAUUUCAAAAUCGCCCAGCUUCGUCGACUCAAUCUUCUCUACAGGCUACAGGCCGAAGGACUUGGUGGAUAUUCCGCAUGACGGUGUGAGGAUCCCGGGGCCACCUGAUUUCUUGCACAGCGCAGCUGAGUCCGCCCCGGGUCAGCAGAAUCCACAACCUGAAAAGCCCGACGCCCGCAGUGUGCUGAGCAAGCAGCCCGUCUCUCUGUCGGAUACUCCGGAUAAGGUCAAGCAUCUUUUCGAUGAUCAGCUCUGCGCUGUUCUUUCCAUCAAGGACGAUCAUACCACCCAUCCAUGGCGAGUUCACGUGUGGCCAUUGGCUGACAAUUGUCCAACGCUGUACCAUGCCCUUGCGGCCAUGACAUAUUUGUUCUUGAGCAAUUCGCAACCCCAAUUACGCGCGACUGGCUGGAGUCAUUCCCAGGCAAGCUUGCAGGGUUUUGCUGAAAGCGAAGGCAAGGCUGGCCUAUCUCUUGAGCAGUCUCUGGCUGCCAGAUUGGCUCUUGCCUUCGCAGAAGGAUGGGACUUCGAAUCCAAUUCUUUGGGUAUCGAGCAUGUCAGAAUUGCCGGACAGCUUGUGAGAGAUGCUUUUCACAAGCACAAGGCGACGAACCUUACGGGUGACGAUCUGGACCGCCUAAACUUUUUGGUGCGCACUUGGAUGUACAAGGAUGUCAUGACACGCUUGACGAUCUCACAUGGUGGUGGACCAGUUGAGGUAGACUUCAUGACCGCCUACAUUGAGCUUGAUUCUUUGCCGUUAGAACAUCAGCUUGACCCCCUGCUGGGUUGUGCCAUCACGCUGUUCCCGCUGAUCGGGCGUCUGACCGAUAUCAUCCGAGCCGUUCGACGAAGGUCCGAGAAGCAUAACUCACCGUCCAUAAUCUCCCGGGCCGCGGAACUGCGGAUGGCCAUCGAAGGUUGGAGCCCAUCGUUUGAUCCGCGGCGGGCAGGAGGUCUCACUCCGCAUGUCGCCGAUGCCAUCCAGACGGCCGAAGCCUAUCGCUGGACAGCCCUGCUGCUUCUCAGGCAGGCCAUACCGGAACUUCCGUGGGUGAAUUCGUUUUGGGAAAUUGCAGAGAAAGUCUCCAUCUACCUCGCGACCGUCCCGGCGACCUCUCCAACGAUGAUCGUACACCCUUUCCCAUUCAUGGCGAUUGGGGGUGAGGCUUUCGACGAGGAAGACCGCGAUUGGAUCUGUCAGCGAUGGGAUCACAUGUACAAGCGAAUGCCCCUCGCUACAUUGGACAAGUGUAAGAGAGUCUGCCAGGAGGUCUGGCGGAGGAGGGACGCUUUUGAAGCGCAAUUCGGGGUCUGCCCGAGCUGUGGCGCUUACCGGCUCGGCUCCUCCGGAAUCGAUCCUACAACAGAUGCCUCGACGGCGGCGGGCGGUUCAGCUGCGUCUUGGGAUGAAGGCGAGGAAGCCGGCCGUCGUUGUCGAUGUGGUUCGACGAGCAAGAUCGCCUCGCCCGUAUCCGAUUUCCCAGAUUCGUUGGCAUUCAAGAAAGGAGUGGACAACAUCACUCGCGCGGGCAAUCUGGCUUACACAGUUCGAGGAAAUUUGCAUUGGUUAGGUGUUUUGAAGGAGUGGGAGUGGGAUGGUGAGUUUCUGGAACCUCGCCGGAUCAGCUUUUCAUUCACCCUCCUGUCCCUCGUGAUGACGGCGCUGACGGGCUACAGUCAUGCUAGGGUGAAGGCUACGAUGACAAGGUUAGGAUUGAUUGAAUGA